CUGGCAUCCAGCCUUCUGCACGCUGCUUCAUUUCUGCACACACCAGCUCCGGGCGACAGCCUAGAAGGGGUGUUGGAGAAAUUGAAAGGCGUCCAGGGAGGGCCUCCAGGGAACGGGUCCAUCAGGGAAAAAGGGCAUCACAGAAUGGGAAAAUCUGAGAGCCAAAUGGACAUAAUGGAGAAGACAACUAAACCAAGGAAGCACCGCUGGACUGUUAUGGAGAUUGGUUUGUCCAUUAUAUUACUGCUCAUGAGCUGUGCGCUGGCAGGACUGGUAGUGCUCUACGCUUCUGCACUAAAGGAAUACUCAUACAGAAAUGGACCUUCAAAAGGGCUUCAGUAUCAUUUCAGCACUGAGAGCAACGUCUGCACGACCCCAGAUUGUGUCACAGCAGCGGCAAGGUUACUGCAAAACAUGGACCCUAGUGUUGACCCAUGCCAGAACUUUUACCAGUAUGCCUGUGGAGGAUGGCUGGAGAGGCACGUCAUCCCUGAGACCAGCUCUCUGCACAGUGUCUUCAACAUCCUGAGAGAUGAGCUGGAGAUUGUGCUAAAGGGGAUUCUUGAGACGGAGAAAGAACAGGACCGACUGGCUUUCAAGAAAGCUAAAAUGCUCUACAGAUCAUGUAUGAAUGAGAGUGUGAUUGAACAGCGUGACUCGCAGCCCCUCCUCAAGCUCAUUGAUAGUAUUGGCGACUGGCCUGUAGCCUCUGAGGACUGGAACAGCACAGCAGAGGAGACAUGGAAGCUGGAGGAUACCCUAGCAGCCUUAAAUGCUCACUACAACAAGAAGAUUUUGCUGGAAAUGUUCGUGUGGCCUGAUGAUCGAGACUCAAGCCGCCACAUAAUUCAUAUUGACCAGCCUUCGCUAGGAAUGCCCUCAAGAGAUUAUUACCUCAACGAUGGCAACUACAGAAAGGUGCGUGAGGCCUACCUGCAGUUCAUGGUUUCCAUGGCAAAAAUAGCGCGGGAGGACAGGAAUCUGACCCAAGAUGAUGAGCAUGUGUGGGAGGAAAUGAUGCAAGUGAUGGAGCUGGAGAGAGAGAUCGCCAAUGCCACAUCCCCAGCUGAGGAACGCAAUGAUAUCACUGUCCUCUACAACAAGAUGACCUUGCGAGAUGUGCAGGAUACCUUCAGUCUUGAUGGAUUUAAUUGGACCCACUACAUUCAGGGAAUCAUGGGCAGUGUUUCCAUUGCAGUGCAGCCAGAGGAGCCCAUUGUGGUCUACUGCUCACCAUACCUUGAGAAGCUCAGCCAUAUUCUGUCUAGAUAUGACCGCAGGACUGUGCAGAAUUACCUGGUGUGGAUGCUUGUGAUGGAGAGGGUCAGCAGCCUGAGCCGCCGCUUCAAAGAUGUUCGAGCCCACUACAGAAAGGCUUUACAUGGCACCACAGUAGAGGAAGCGCGCUGGCGAGACUGCGUACGCUACGUCCAGAGCAAUAUGGAGAACGCAGUGGGGGCUCUGUAUGUUCGGGAGACCUUUGCUGGAGACAGUAAGCGCAUGGUUGGUGAACUGAUCAGAAAGAUUCAGGAGGCAUUUGUGGAAACACUAGAAGAGCUAAACUGGAUGGAUGAUCAGUCCAAGGAGAAGGCCAGAGAGAAGGCCAUGGCUAUUUCAGAGCAGAUCGGCUACCCAGAUUAUAUUCUGGAAGAAAACAAUCAGAAGUUGGAUCAUGAGUACGCCCAUCUAAAUUUCAGUGAAGAGAACUACUUUGAAAAUAUUCUUGAGAACCUUCAAGCUACUGCUCGGAAAGGACACAAGAAGCUAAGGGAACCUGUGGACCCUGACUUGUGGAUCAUUGGUGCAGCUGUGGUCAAUGCAUUCUACUCUCACAACAGAAACCAGAUAGUGUUUCCAGCUGGAAUUCUACAACCUCCUUUCUUCAGUGAGAAGCAGCUCCAAGCACUAAACUUUGGAGGCAUUGGGAUGGUAAUAGGACAUGAAAUCACCCAUGGCUUUGAUGACCAUGGGCGUAACUUUGACAAAGAUGGGAACAUGUACAAUUGGUGGAGCAACUAUUCUACUGAACAUUUUGAGGACCAGUCUAAGUGCAUGGUGCAACAGUAUGGCACAUUCAGCUGGAAACUUGCAGGAGGCCAAAAUGUCAGUGGCAUUACCACUUUGGGGGAGAACAUUGCUGAUAAUGGAGGAGUUAGGCAAGCAUACAAGGCAUACAUGAAGUGGGUGGAAAGGGAAGGCGAGGAGCCUCGUCUUCCUGGUUUGGACUUGGAUCAUAAACAGCUCUUCUUCCUCAACUUUGCCCAGGUAUGGUGUGGUGCCUGUCGCCCUGAAUAUGCCAUCCAGUCCAUUAAAACAGAUCCUCACAGUCCUCUGGAGUACAGGGUGUUGGGGUCCUUGCAAAACUUCGAAGCCUUUUCUGAGGCCUUUCAAUGCAAGAGAGGAGCUCCCAUGAAUCCAGACGAGAAAUGCAGAGUGUGGUAGUCUCUUGCUACAUACGAUAUUCUUUGUUCACCAAGGCAGCAGUGGGGAAAUUCCUGACCUUUGUGUUGUAUAUGACUGGUGAUGAGCUGCCUUAAUGUUUUGUCACUUGAAAGAGACCAGAGGUUUGUUGUCAUGGGCUCCUAGCUGUAUGAGCAUACGCACACACUACCAUGAAUAUGCAGAGGGCUUUUAACAGACCCUUUAUUGCAUGAAGUGCAGUAUGCUUAGUGAAACAGGGCGAAAGAAUGAGAUACGCGUGUUAUCACUUAGAACGAUACUUGUUGUUGGAAAAUGAGUGCUGGUGACUUAUCACCGUGUAUUAAUUCCAACAUCUGAAGCUGAUAUGAUGUACAUAGUAUUACUUAUGACACCGGGUGCAUUUCAUAAUAUUCUGAGAAAUCUGUUUAUUUUUUUGAAAGAUUAUGUAAAUAGAUAAUUGCUUACUGCUGGCUUUAAAUGUGGCGAGCCCUUCAAAAAUUGUUACGCAUUUUAACUGCCUUCAGCCAGCCAAAAGCAGGAGGCUUUGAAGCCCACACAUUUUUGGGUUAGAACUGAAACCCAGCAAAUGUAUUGUGUCUCAUUUGGCAUAGAGCAGAAAAUCCUGUUGUGAAAGAACAAAAAAGAGACAUUUUGUUUUCCCUAAAAGUAUGCUGUGGUGAGAAAAAGGACACACAGCUAUCUUUUAUCGUAGGACUGAAAAAAAUAUUUUAAAUAAAAAGAUAAAUGAAUAAA